AUGUAUGCUAGCGGUACUGAAUCAAACUUGAAUCCAGAUAUUGAAGUAAUUAGCUCGCCAAAGGGUGCUGGUGGUCUAACACGUGACGAGAUAUGGGCACAUUUUGAUGAUUAUGGUGAUGCUAAAACAGCUGGGCAUAAAAAAUGUAAAUGUAAAUAUUGUAAUACCUCAUUUCAAUUUGCAAAAUUACCGAUGAUGUAUCGGCACAUCUCACAUAAAUGUGAACACAUAUCAAGUAUCAAUCCAAAUGGUCUAAAAGAAAUACUUGUCAAGUUAAACAGUAGUACAACUGAUACUAGUAACAGUAAACGUCUGAAAGCCCAUCAUUUAACAUCAGCAACAGCAUCCAUAUCGUCUAAAUCAUUAAUAAUGACGACACCAAAAUGCAGUAAACAAUUGAACAUGGAUCAGUUCGGCACACGUGCUAUUUUACCAAGUGAAAAACAAUCAAUCGAUCGAACAUUAGUUCGAGCAUUUGUUAUGAAUGGAAUGUCAUUUAUGACUAUUGAUAAUAUUUUUUUCAAAGAAUUUUUACUUAAAUUAAAUCCUAUGUAUACUCCUCCAGAUAGAAAAAAAUUAUCUCGU